AUGGCAUCUUGGGCCAUGGAGGAUUCCACCAAUAUUUAUUCGCAGCUUACAACCCUGGAGUUCCCUAAUCAAGAACCGGAUCAAGGCCCUUCCCUCAGAAAGACGGGAAGAGGCAAAAUAGAAAUCAAACGAAUCGAAAACACGACUAAUAGACAAGUCACCUUCUGCAAGCGUCGUAAUGGUUUGCUCAAGAAAGCUUAUGAAUUAUCUGUCCUCUGUGAUGCUGAAGUUGCUCUCAUCGUCUUUUCUACCCGUGGUCGUCUCUACGAGUAUGCUAACAACAGUGUUAGAGCAACAAUUGAAAGGUACAAGAAAGCCAAUGCAGACUCCUCAAAUCCAGCAUCUGCUUCUGAAGCUAACACUCAGUUCUACCAACAAGAAUCCUCCAAGCUACGCAGGCAGAUUCGGGAAAUUCAAAACUUAAACAGGCAUAUUCUGGGUGAGGCACUUGGUACUUUGAGCUUGAAGGAACUCAAGAACUUGGAAAGCAGAUUGGAGAAAGGAAUCAGCAGAAUUAGGUCUAAAAAGAAUGAAAUGCUAUUUGCUGAAAUUGAGUACAUGCAGAAAAGGGAGAUUGAGCUGCAAAAUGACAAUAUGUUCCUGAGAGCAAAGAUAGCUGAAAAUGAAAGAGCACAACAGCAGCAGCAGCAGCAGCAGCAAACAAAUUUAAUGCCUUCAGGUUCUGUGUAUGAAUCUGUGCCUUCACAACAAUAUGAUAGGAACUUCUUCCCUGUAAACCUCCUGGAACCCAAUCACCACUACUCUCGCCCAGACCACACUGCACUUCAACUUGUGUAAUAAGUGACGGGGCUCUGCUGCUUCUGCCUUCCCUAGUUACUUGGCUAGUUAAUUAUGUCAGAUCCAAAGCUUCAUUCUGCAUUUAAUUUACAGUUUAGUGAAAUAGACUUUGAAUGUUAAUACUAAGAUAAGAUGCUUCCAAUUAGUAGUAUGAUGAACGUGCGUAGUUAAUUUCUAAACCAAUUAGGGCUUCUUGCCCACAAUAUCUUAUGACUUUUCACAAA